AUGUUCUAUGGGGCACACUUUAUCAUGUCUCCCCCCACCAAGAGCAAGCUGAAGCGGCAGAGCCAGCUGCUGUCCAGCAUGCUGUCGCGGACACUGAGCUACAAGUACCGUGACCUGGAGCCCCCGCUCUGCAGCCCAGGUGCCAGUGACGACCCCGCUGAGCUUUCCACCCAACUGUCUGCCCCGGGCGUCCUGAAGGUGUUUGGGGACAGCAUCUGCUUGGGUACCCACUACAAGAGCGUUUUGGCCACAGCCUCCUCCAGCGCCCAGGAGCUGGUGAGGGAGGCACUCGAACGCUAUGCCCUGAGCCCUGAGGGGGCUGGCCAGUAUGUGCUAUGUGAUGCUGUGGGCCGGUCCGGCAGUGCUGGGCAGAGGUGGCAGGCCGAGUGCUUCCGGGUAUUUGGAGACAACGAGAAGCCCCUCCUGAUCCAGGAGCUCUGGAAGCCCCGCGAGGGCCUGUCCCGGAGGUUUGAACUGCGGAAAAGGUCAGAUGUGGAAGAGCUGGCCGCCAGGGAUGUGGACACUGUUACAGCAGGUAUUAACGCGCAGGCACGGCGGCUCCAGCGGACCCGGGCCAAGGGCACAGCCAGGGGCAUCCUGCGACCCUCACCGCCCUGCCUACGCCGCAGCCUCAGUGAGACCAGCCUGAACGCAGCCCCACCCGUAGAUGCCAGCAGACCCCAUUAUGCUACGCUCCCAGCCAGCCCGGGCCCGGAGGAGCUGACCCGGGACACUGGGGGCCCAGAAGAGGAAGGUGCCAUGCGACACUCACUUUACCAAUCACCGCACCUGCUCCUUCUGCAGGGCUACAGCCAGCAGCACGACAGCCUGGUGUAUGUGCUGAACCGGGACCUGCAUACAGUGGGCCAGCGCACACCUGCCAGCCGGCCCACCAUCAGCUUGGUGGCACCUGACAUCCUGCCGCUGCACUGCACCAUCCGCCGACACCGGCGCCUGAGCCGCCCGACCUCAAGCAUACUAGUGCUGGAGCCCAUCGAGGGCGCCCCUGUGGCCGUGAACUUCACGAAGGCUGGGAGCCGCCCUGUGGAGCUGCACCAUGGCGAUCUGCUCUCCCUGGGCCUUUACUACCUGCUGCUGUUCAAAGACCCACUGCAGGCCCAGCCACUGCCUGUCCAGGCCCUGGCCCACCUUGGGGCUGCCCCACGGAACUGUCGCCUGUGUGGGGCUGCACUCGGUGCCCGAGGGACCACCCGGCCUCCACAGCCCGGCCCUGAGCCUAUCAGGCGGCGGCUGCACCUGGCCUUUGAGCCUUCACAGGAGGAUGUGCUGCUGCAGCGGAUUCUGACGCUGGUGGAGCCAGCGGGCGAUGACCACAAGCUGACACCUGCCUUCCUGCUGUGCCUCUGUGUCCAGCACGCCGCGGCCUGCUUCGGGCCUGGCGCCUUUGGCCAGCUUCUGCUGAAGAUGGCUGGGGCCAUCCGAGAUAUGGUCUGGGAGAAAACGAAAGAACUUGCAGAGAAGCAGGCUCAACUCCAGGAGCCGGCCGCCCUGUGGAGCGUGACCGUGGCCGAGCUGGCCCCCGACCUGCAGCACCUCCUGUUCUGGAUGGCCAACGCUGUGGAGCUGCUGUUCUUCCUGCAGCAGCGGUGCCCGCACUUCGUCCAGACCAUGGAGGAGGCCCUGGAUGCCGCAGGCUCAAAGGAGUCCCUGCUGUCAUGCGUGCUGACGGCCAGCGAGGAGGCCAUGGGGGUGCUGGAGGAGGUGGUGCUGUAUGCCUUCCAGCAGUGUGUAUACUACAUCUCCAAGUCCCUGUAUGCCUGCCUCCCGGCUCUGCUGGAAUGCCCCCCGUUCCCGGUGGAGCGCCGUGAGAGCUGGAGCCCUGGGCCGUGUCUCCCCGAGGAGCUACGCCGCGUCGUGUCUGUCUACCAGGCCACGCUGGACCUCCUGCGGCAGUUCCGGGUGCACCCUGAAAUCGCAGCGCAGAUGCUGGCUUACCUGCUCUUCUUCUCCGGCACGUUGCUGCUCAACCAGCUCCUGGACAAGGGUCCGUCGCUGAGCUGUUUCCACUGGCCCCAGGGGGUGCUGGCCUCUGCUCGCCUGCAGCAGCUCCUGGAGUGGGUGAGGGGUGCUGGCCUUGGAGCUGCAGGCGAGCAGUUUUUCCGGAAGCUUUCCUGCACGCUCAACCUGCUGGCCACGCCCAGUGCCCAGCUUGUCCAGAUGACCUGGGCCACACUGCGGGCCACCUUCCCUGCCUUGCGUCCUGCGCAACUCCACCGGCUGUUGACCCAGUACCAGCUGGCCUCUGCCAUGGGCCCCACCAGUGCCUGGGAGCCAGGCGCCCCCGACUGCCCUGAUGCCUGCAAGUCUGACGAUGUCCUGGAGUCGUACGAGAAUCCCCCGCCCAUUGUUCUGCCCAGUGAUGGUUUCCAGGUGGAGCUGGACCUGGAGGUGGACCAGGUGGAUGACAGCAUCUACCAGCACCUUCUUUACGUCCGCCACUUUCUGUGGGGCCUACAGAGCAGAGCCUGCCCUGGAAGUGCACCCCCGCCCCCAGAGUGCCUGGAGGGUUUGUACCACAGUAUUCCCGAGGGUCCCCCUGAUGGCCAGCACGCCCCCAGGGGGCCCAGUGGCAGGAGCAGACAGCCCAGUCGUGGGGGUCCACCACCCACAGAUACUUCAUGUCUACUGACACCACCCAGCACCCCACUCAGCCUUGAACCCCUUACCCAGGACUGGCCCAUGCCUGGUGGCAAGGUGCCCCUGGAAGGGAGGAGAAGCGACCCCUGGAAUGGGGUCCUGAAAGCAGACCCCGAGGCUUCCUCAGAGGCACCCUCCACCUGCAGCUCCAGCCCUGACACCCCGUGCGCAGCCUCCGUGGUGGUUGUGGAACUAGAGAGGGGCCCCUCCGGGCUGGGUAUGGGCCUGGUGGAUGGCAUGCACACUCCCCUGGGUGUCCCUGGCCUGUACAUCCAGACGCUCCUGCCUGGCAGCCCUGCAGCCUGUGAUGGGCGCCUCUCGCUGGGGGACCGCAUCCUGGAUGUGGAUGGCACCAGUCUGGUGGGCAUCAGCUAUUUGAGAGCCGUGGACCUGAUCCGGAAUGGAGCCAACAAGGUGCGCUUUCUGGUGGCUAAGUCGGAUGUGGAGACAGCGAGGAAGGUCCGCUUCCGAGCACCCCGUUCCUAG